ACCAGUUAGCUAUGGACGAUAUAAAAUUAAUAUUAUUUUUAACAUAUAUAAGUGGCAUCUUUACAUUUGGAAAUACUGUGAAUAGAAAUGAUUUUAGUGAACAUGCUGUUGUUAUAGUGGCUUGUGACUUCAAUAACAACAAACAGCCCUUCUGUGAUUUUCGGCAAGAUGUUAAUGAUGACAGUGACUGGAUUCGCCAUAAUGGUCCCACACCUACAUCUGGCACUGGACCCAGUGGGGACUAUCCUGAUGGCAAGGGUUUCUACAUAUACCAAGAAGCAGAUAAUGUCAGUAAUGGACAGAAAACACGCCUACUAAGUCCUGUGAUCAGCUCCACACCAGCUCAGAUUUGCGUGCAGUUUCGGUACUACAUGUAUGGUGCAGAUGACAGCAACACUUUGACCGUGCUGGCUAAACGACCUGGUGCUGAGGAAAUGCUCUGGCAGAAAACUGGUAUCCAGAGUCCAUCAUGGCUCGGUGCAGCUGUAACUGUGUCCCAACCAACAGGACAGUCUGUUGAGAUUAUAUUUGAAGCAAUGCGUGGCUUUACUUCAUCCUGUGAUACAGCUUUGGACAACAUUAACAUCACAGAAGGAGCUUGUCCUGAUUGUAUAACUGAGUGUGACUUUGAUAAAAUGGAUGAGCUCUGUGGAUGGACAAACCAAGUCUCAGUCCCCACAAUGUUUGGUUGGACUUUUUGGAAUGGACCCACUGAAACACCUGGUACCGGUCCUGAGGAUGAUUUCUCCAAACCAGGCUUAGGAUUGUACCUCUUGAUGGAUUCAUCUGAAAGUGUCCCAGGGGCCUCAGCUCAACUGUGGAGUCCAUCUAUAUCAUCAACUUCUUCAAACUGCUUGCAACUGAAUUUCCAUUAUUAUAUGUAUGGCACUGCUGCAGACAUGGAGCUUAAUGUCCAUGUUGUCAUCAUCGGAGGAACACUAGGAAAUCCUGUUUUCAGUCUUAAAGGAAACCAAGGACAAGGAUGGAAGCCAGCAGAGGUCAAAUACGCUACUUCAAGCAAUAUACAGUUUGUAAUUGAUGGUGUGUAUGGAAGUACAGAAGAGACAGAUAUUGCGAUAGACAGUGUGUGUAUAACAACUUGUGAUGCUGACAUAACAACCACAACGCCUACAACAACUGUUUCAACUCCAAAACCUUCAACACCUCAGCCAUCCACACCUAAACCAACAACUCCAAAACCCACUACAGCUCAACCAUCAACACCAAAGCCCUCCACACCUCAGCCCACAACUCCAAAACCCACUACAGCUCAACCAUCAACACCAAAGCCCUCCACACCUCAGCCCACAACUCCAAAACCCACUACUCCAACACUGCCAACAACAACACCAGUGAAGUGUCCUCCUGAUGCUGAGUACAUUGAAUGUGGUCCAGCUUGCAUUCCCAGCUGUAAAGACCCCUCCACCAACUGCACAGGCUCCUGUAUCAGUGGAUGUUUCUGUAAACCAGGUUUUGUGUUCAGGGGAAAACGUUGUGUUCCUAUUGAGACGUGUGGAUGUCUGGAUGAAAAUAACAACUACUACGAGCCAGGAGAGAUUGUCUUUGGGAAUGGCUGCUCCAAGCUGUGUCGCUGUGCAGGCAAUUAUACCCUGAACUGUGUGGACAACAGCUGUGACCCUUCAGAAGAAUGUCGGCAAGUGGGAGGAGUCUAUGGCUGUUAUCCUAAAGACACUUCAACGUGUAUCGCCUCAGGUGACCCACAUUACACCACCUUUGAUAAGAAGAACUAUAACUUCAUGGGCAACUGCACUUACUUAAUGUCAGAGCCAUGUAACAGCACAGAUGUUCCACACUUCGCUGUUUAUGUUGACAAUGAGAAUCGCUACAACAUUCCCACAAUCAGUUAUGUGAGUGCUGUCCAUGUCCAUGUUCUGGGAGUGAAGGUGUCCAUCCUGAAAGACGGCAUUGUGCAGGUGAAUGGAACCAAAGUGAACAUACCACUGAGCCCUGUUCCUGGAGUGGACAUCUUCAAACAGGGAACACUCUACACAGUGUCCAUGAACUUUGGUGUGACAGUUCGCUAUGAUGGAAACCACUAUAUGGACAUCAAAGUUAUUAAAGACUAUCAGGAUAAGCUUUGUGGCCUGUGUGGAGACUAUAAUGGCAACGUUAUGGAUGAUUUCCGUACUCCCACUGGUCAACUGGUCAGCAGUCCAACUGAGUUUGGCAACAGCUGGAACACAGACCCUGACUGCAACAAAACCCCAGUCGACCCAAAUCCUGGCUGCACAGACACAGAAAAGGAUCUUUAUGAGAGUCCUGCUUACUGCGGAAUCAUAUUGGACAGCAAAGGCCCAUUUGCUGUCUGUCACCCAAAAGUCAAUCCUAAUAGUUUCUUCCAAAACUGUGUAUUUGACCUGUGUGCUUUGGGUGGUCCUCACUCUGCACUGUGUGAAGCGAUUGAAGCCUACGUAAAUGAGUGUCAGGACCGUGGUGUCACCAUCGGACCCUGGAGAAACAGUACCUUCUGCCCUCUUACAUGCCCACCAAACAGCCACUACAACCCCUGCGUGUCUCCUUGCCAGCCCUCCUGUAACCCUCCUCCACCUAGCCAGUGCACUGGACCCUGUUCUGAAGGGUGUGUGUGUAACCCUGGAUAUUUACUCAGUGGUGAUAAAUGUGUGAAGGCAGACACUUGUGGCUGCAAGUAUAAUGGACAAUAUUACCAGAGCGGAGACAAGUUCUACACUAAGGACUGUGAGUUGCUGUGCAAAUGUGAUCCUCCAUUUGUUACCUGCAAUGCUGCAGAAUGUCCUUCCAUGCAGCAGUGUGGUGUGCAGGGAGGAGAAAUAGGAUGCUACCCAGUGGACUCACAGGACUGUAUUAUUUCUGGAGACCCUCAUUACAACACCUUUGAUGGUAAAUUUUACACCUUCAUGGGAACCUGCACCUACACGCUGGCCCGUACCUGCAGAAACAACACUGGCCCCUGGUUCUCUGUGGAGGGAAAAAAUGAAGAGAGAGGAAUCGCUGGUGUGUCUUAUCUCAAGAAGUUGUAUGUGACUGUCAGCGGCAUCACUGUAACGAUGAUGAAGAGCAGAACCACCCUGGUGAAUGGUCUUAAGGUGGCUCUACCCCACUCUCCUUCUCCUCUAAUCUCUUUAACAUCAGCUGGACAGUAUGUAAUCCUCAGCACUCCUUUUGGUCUGGAGGUACGCUGGGAUGGCAACCACUACGCUAAGAUCACUGUGCCCAGUACUUACUAUGAUGAGAUGUGUGGCUUGUGUGGAGACUACAACGGAAAUCCCAACAACGAUUUUAAGAAGCCAGACGGUUCCCUGGCUGGAAGCUCAGACCAGUUUGGCAACAGCUGGCAAACUGACAAAGAUGAAGAUGAAAAGUGCAAGCCUGAUGUCACACCUGACCCACCAUGUGAACCAAGUCUUGAGGUUGAAGUGUCGAAACCAGACAAAUGUGGAAAAAUCAUUGACACUGCAGGGCCAUUCAGGGAUUGUAUAAAGGUGGUCGAUCCUCUGCCGUUCUUCCAGAGCUGUGUGUUUGAUAUGUGUCGCUAUAACGGACUGCUGCAGACUCUGUGUGAUCAGCUCCAGGCUUAUACUGAUGCCUGUCUCAGUGCAGGAGCGCCGGUGCACCAAUGGAGGGAGCCAGACUUCUGUCCUCUGGUUUGUCCCCCUAACAGCCACUACUCUAUGUGUGUGAGUUCGUGUCCAGAGACAUGUGUGGGUGUGAGUGGUCCACCUGGCUGUGGACAGAAGUGUGUUGAAGGCUGCAAGUGUGACCCUGGCUUUGUCCUGAGCAACAACAAGUGUGUGCCUCUCAAAGACUGUGGCUGUGUCGACCAUGACGGCUCCUACCACCCUGUGAAUGAGACCUGGUACCUGGAAGGCUGUGAACAUCAAUGUGUGUGUCUAAGUGGAAAAACUAUUGCGUGCUACAGCACCAGCUGUUUGCCUACAGAGACCUGCCAACUUCUGGAUGGAGAGUACAUCUGUAAACCAAAUGAUGGACACACAACAAAACCACCAACACCCCAGCCAUCUACGCCUAAACCAUCCACACCUCAGCCCACAACUCCAAAACCCACUACAGCUCAACCAUCAACACCAAAGCCCUCCACACCUCAGCCCACAACUCCAAAACCCACUACUCCAACACUGCCAACAACAACACCAGUGAAGUGUCCUCCUGAUGCUGAGUACAUUGAAUGUGGUCCAGCUUGCAUUCCCAGCUGUAAAGACCCCUCCACCAACUGCACAGGCUCCUGUAUCAGUGGAUGUUUCUGUAAACCAGGUUUUGUGUUCAGGGGAAAACGUUGUGUUCCUAUUGAGACGUGUGGAUGUCUGGAUGAAAAUAACAACUACUACGAGCCAGGAGAGAUUGUCUUUGGGAAUGGCUGCUCCAAGCUGUGUCGCUGUGCAGGCAAUUAUACCCUGAACUGUGUGGACAACAGCUGUGACCCUUCAGAAGAAUGUCGGCAAGUGGGAGGAGUCUAUGGCUGUUAUCCUAAAGACACUUCAACAUGUAUCGCCUCAGGUGACCCACAUUACACCACCUUUGAUAAGAAGAACUAUAACUUCAUGGGCAACUGCACUUACUUAAUGUCAGAGCCAUGUAACAGCACAGAUGUUCCACACUUUGCUGUUUAUGUUGACAAUGAGAAUCGCUACAACAUUCCCACAAUCAGUUAUGUGAGUGCUGUCCAUGUCCAUGUUCUGGGAGUGAAGGUGUCCAUCCUGAAAGACGGCAUUGUGCAGGUGAAUGGAACCAAAGUGAACAUACCACUGAGCCCUGUUCCUGGAGUGGACAUCUUCAAACAGGGAACACUCUACACAGUGUCCAUGAACUUUGGUGUGACAGUUCGCUAUGAUGGAAACCACUAUAUGGACAUCAAAGUUAUUAAAGACUAUCAGGAUAAGCUUUGUGGCCUGUGUGGAGACUAUAAUGGCAACGUUAUGGAUGAUUUCCGUACUCCCACUGGUCAACUGGUCAGCAGUCCAACUGAGUUUGGCAACAGCUGGAACACAGACCCUGACUGCAACAAAACCCCAGUCGACCCAAAUCCUGGCUGCACAGACACAGAAAAGGAUCUUUAUGAGAGUCCUGCUUACUGCGGAAUCAUAUUGGACAGCAAAGGCCCAUUUGCUGUCUGUCACCCAAAAGUCAAUCCUAAUAGUUUCUUCCAAAACUGUGUAUUUGACCUGUGUGCUUUGGGUGGUCCUCACUCUGCACUGUGUGAAGCGAUUGAAGCCUACGUAAAUGAGUGUCAGGACCGUGGUGUCACCAUCGGACCCUGGAGAAACAGUACCUUCUGCCCUCUUACAUGCCCACCAAACAGCCACUACAACCCCUGCGUGUCUCCUUGCCAGCCCUCCUGUAACCCUCCUCCACCUAGCCAGUGCACUGGACCCUGUUCUGAAGGGUGUGUGUGUAACCCUGGAUAUUUACUCAGUGGUGAUAAAUGUGUGAAGGCAGACACUUGUGGCUGCAAGUAUAAUGGACAAUAUUACCAGAGCGGAGACAAGUUCUACACUAAGGACUGUGAGUUGCUGUGCAAAUGUGAUCCUCCAUUUGUUACCUGCAAUGCUGCAGAAUGUCCUUCCAUGCAGCAGUGUGGUGUGCAGGGAGGAGAAAUAGGAUGCUACCCAGUGGACUCUCAGGACUGUAUUAUAUCUGGUGAUCCCCAUUACAACACCUUUGAUGGUAAUUUCUUUACCUUCAUGGGAACCUGCACCUACACGCUGGCCCGCACCUGCAGAAACAACACUGGCCCCUGGUUCUCUGUGGAAGGAAAGAAUGAAAAAAGAAUAAUCCCUGGCAUAUCAUACCUUAGAAAGUUGUAUGUGACUGUAGAUGGCAUCACUGUAACGCUGAUGAAGAGCAGAACCACCCUGGUGAAUGGUCGUGAGGUGGCUCUACCCUACUCUCCUUCUCCUCUAAUCUCUUUAACAUCAGCUGGACAGUAUGUAAUCCUCAGCACUCCUUUUGGUCUGGAGGUACGCUGGGAUGGCAACCACUACGCUAAGAUCACUGUGCCCAGUACUUACUUUGGUCAGAUGUGUGGUUUGUGUGGAGACUACAACGGAAAACCCAUCAAUGAUUUUACAAAGCCAGAUGGUUCCCUGGCUGGAAGCUCAGAUCAGUUUGGCAACAGCUGGCAAACUGACAAAGAUGAAGAUGAAACGUGCAAGCCUGAUGUCGCGCCUGAUCCACCUUGUGACCCAAGUGUUGAGGCUGAAGUGGCUAAACCAGAUAAAUGUGGGAAAAUUAUUGACACCAGUGGACCAUUCAGGGAUUGUAUAAAGGUGGUCGACCCUCUGCGAUUCUUUAAAAACUGUGUGUUCGAUAUGUGCCACUAUGACGGACUGCUGCAGACUCUGUGUAAUCAGCUCCAGGCUUAUACUGAUGCCUGUCUCAGUGCAGGAGCUCCAGUGCACCAAUGGAGGGAGCCAGACUUCUGUCCUCUGGUUUGUCCCCCUAACAGCCACUACUCUAUGUGUGUGAGUUCGUGUCCAGAGACAUGUGUGGGUGUGAGUGGUCCACCUGGCUGUGGACAGAAGUGUGUUGAAGGCUGCAAGUGUGACCCUGGCUUUGUCCUGAGCAACAACAAGUGUGUGCCUCUCAAAGACUGUGGCUGUGUCGACUCUGAUGGCUCCUACCACCCUGUGAAUGAGAGCUGGUUCCUGGAAAGCUGUGAACAUCAAUGUGUAUGUCUAAGUGGAAAAAUUAUACAUUGCAGUAAAAGCAGUUGUCUUCCUACAGAGACCUGCCAACUACUAGAUGGAGAGUACAUAUGUAAACCUAAAGAGCCUAUCAUUUCCGGAAUUUGCUCUGUGUCUGGGGACCCCCACUAUACUUCUUUUGACCAGAAGGUCCAUCACUUCAUGGGCUCAUGCUCUUAUACACUCACAAAGCCCUGCAAUGAGACAUCAUGGUUGCCAUACUUCACUGUUGACACGCAGAAUGAACAUAGGGGCAAUAACAAGAAAGUGUCCUAUGUCAAAUCGGUCAUCAUCAAUGUGUAUGGAAGUAAGAUCAUUCUAGGCAAAGGACGUAAAGUUCAGGUAAAUGGAGUUCAGGUGAUUGUGCCCAUCACUCUGCCCAAUGCUGUAAAGAUCUUCCUCAGUGGAAAGUUUGUAGUGCUGGAGACAAAAUUUGGUCUGCGUGUGCGCUUUGAUGGCAAUCACCAUGCAGAUGUCAGUAUUCCUGCCGCUUACAAAGGCCUGUUUUGUGGAAUGUGUGGAAAUUACAAUGACAACCCAACAGAUGACAACAUAAUGUCAGAUGGCAAACCUACAAGCAACACAAAUGAGCUUGGAGAGAGCUGGCAGGUGCCUGAUGAUAGACCAGAUUGUAGUCAUGGAGGUGGAGAUAUUGAAUGUAAUAAAGAUAUUGAGAGUGAAGCUAAGAAACCAACUAGUUGUGGAAUGAUCACUGAUCCUGAUGGAAUCUUCAAAGCAUGCCAUAAUGUUGUGCCGCCUAACCCAUAUUUCGAGAACUGUGUGUUUGACCAGUGUGGCACAGGUGGAUCUGCUGUGGCCCUCUGCCAGGCUAUUGAAAGCUAUGCGGACCUAUGUGCCCAAGCUGGGGUGCCAAUUAACUGGAGGAACAACACUUUCUGUCCUCUAAAAUGUCCUGUUGGCAGUCACUAUGAGCACUGUGCUACUGCAUGCCCUGCAAGCUGUCAGGAUCCUGGAUCAGCCAGCACAUGCACACAGCCAUGUGUAGAAGGAUGUGUUUGUGACAAAGGACUUAUAUUGAGUGGAGACAAAUGUGUGGCCUUCAGUCAGUGUGGAUGUACUGAUAAAAACAGCUACUACAGACCUGUGGGCGAAAGCUGGUUUACUAAGGAUGACUGCUCUGAACGGUGCAUGUGUUAUCCUUUGAACAAUGUCACAUGUGAAGCCUGGAAGUGUAGCCCUGCACAGGAGUGUAAAGUUCAAGAAGGCCAGCUGGGCUGUGUGAAUACAGGAGUGGGUAUUUGCCACAUAGCUGGUGAUCCUCAUUACUACACCUUUGAUGGUAUCAUGCAUUCCUACAUGGGCACAUGUACUUACACUUUGGUGGAAGUGUGCAACAGCUCCAUGGUGACUCCAUUUACCAUUGUGGCCAAAAAUGAAGAGCGUGGCCAGCCUGAAGCCUCCUACGUUCGUUCUGUCACUAUAUUCCUUCCAGGAGCUAAUGUCACACUGAGCAAGAGCAAGAGAGUACUGCUGGAUGGGCAAAGGAUUCGUCCUCCGAUGGACAUUGCUAUAGCCAAGGCCAGGGUGUUCACUAGUGGUGUCAACAGCGUGCUGUCAACUGACUUUGGCCUCAUUGUCCAGUUUGAUGGUGUUCACCAUGUAGAGAUCACUGUACCUGGAGAUUAUUUCAACAAGGUAUGUGGUAUGUGUGGAAAUUACAAUGGUGAUUCCAAUGAUGACAACUUAAUGCCAAAUGGCCAGCCAGCCAAAGAUGUCAUAGAGUUGGGUAACAGCUGGAAGGCAGAGGGAGACAAGGAUCCUGGAUGUCAGCCAGACACACGUCCGGAUGUUCAUCCGAACUGCACAAAAGAGGAACUGAAUGUUAUCCAGGCUCAAUGUGCAAGCAUUAUCAUGUCAAACCAGUUUAAGCCCUGCCACUUACUCAUUCCUCCUGAACCCUUCCUGGGGAACUGCAUCUAUGACAUGUGCGAGUAUGAUGGCAUGGAGUCCACACUGUGCAACAACGUGGAGGCCUAUGCCCAGGCCUGCCAGACUGCUGGUGUCACCAUCAGCUGGAGAAACACUACCUUCUGUCCUCUUCCAUGCCCCCCAAACAGCCACUACUCAGACUGCACACCACCAUGCCCUUCCACCUGUGCAGACCUUUUCCCUAUUUUCUGUCCCCUGCCACCAAAUGGCUGUGUGGAGGGCUGCCAGUGUAAUGCAGGCUUUGUGCUGAGUGACGGCAAGUGUGUACCAUUUUCCAACUGUGGAUGUGUGGACAGCAAAGGAGAAUAUCAUGAUGUUGGGGAUUCUUGGGUGACAGAACAUUGUGUCCGAAAGUGUACAUGCAGUCAUGGAGGAGUACUGAGCUGCAAGAGCUUUCAGUGCGGCUCCACCUCCAUUUGUGCUCUGGACAACGAUGGCGAGCGCUACUGCAGACCUGAGUAUUUUGACAAGUGCACCAUUUCUGGAGAUCCCCACUACCGCACCUUUGACAAAUUCAACCACCAUUACCAGGGCCCAUAUACAUAUAUAUUAACCAAGGAUCAUGACCUACCCCGCUUCCUCACACCACUCACUGUGAGGGGUAAGAAUGCCCGCAGAGGUGGCAACAACCGCAUCUCCUACCUGCAUGAGGUAUAUGUAGAAGUGUAUGAUGUCAGCGUUCGCAUGCUCCAAAAGAAGAGGCUGCUGGUUAAUGGUGAGCGUGUUUUCCCGCCAUUGAGUCCUAACCAAGGCAUCAAGAUCUCCUUGAACUCCCGUUACCUUCAGCUCACAACUGAUUUUGGCCUUACUGUGCGCUUUGAUGGCAACAUGCAAGGAGAGGUAAUUUUGCCAAGCACCUACAAAACUCAUGUACGUGGCCUUUGUGGAAACUAUGACGGUCGCUCCAAUAAUGAGUAUGUGAAGCCUGAUGGAAGCCUUACCCGCAACCUUAAUGAGUUUGGUGAUAGCUGGAGAGUGAGUGACAAGCAAGGAGAGGCGUUUCAUACCUCAAACCUGCCACUGCUUGCCCAUUUGCACAAGAGAGAGGUGGAAGAAGAAUUAGACUCAGGCUAUGAGACAGUUGGAUGCACUGAAGCUCAGCUGGAGGAAGUUGCAGGGAAGAAACAGUGUGGUGCACUAAGUGACUCGUCAGGACCCUUUGCAUCCUGCCACGCCACAAUUUUGCCUGAUCAGUUCUAUGAGGACUGUGUGUUCGACUUGUGUGCAGAGCAAAGCAAUUCUCCACUGCGCUGUCAAAACUAUGCUGCUUAUGCUCUGGCUUGUCAGGAACAGGGAAUUGUAUUAGGUUCAUGGAGAACACAACUGGAGUGUGCCCUGUCAUGUGGUGCCAACAGUAGCUACACAACCUGCAUGACAGCAUGUCCAGCAUCAUGCGCUGACUUAGCAGCACCCUCAGAGUGUGAGCAGAACUCGUGCUUAGAGGGAUGUCAAUGCAAUCCUGGAUUUACCAUGAGUGGCGACAUGUGUGUUCCUUACAAUGAGUGUGGCUGCACAUUUUUAGGCCGUUACUACACCCUGAUGGAGACAUUUGUGACUGAGGACUGUGCUCAAAGCUGUGAGUGUACACCCACUGGUGCUGUUUGUAAACCCAAAGGCUGCAAAGACAACCAAGUCUGCGCCAUCUUCAACACCUUACGUGACUGCUACAACCAGGACCAAUGCUCAAGCGCACCAUGCUUGAAUGGUGGUACGUGUGUUGAGGGGGCAGACUUCAGCUAUACCUGCGUAUGUCCAAAAGGUUUUAAUGGAAACAACUGUGAGGAUAAAGUAGGCCUAGAUCAGACAACCAUCAUCCUUAUUGGAGUCUUGGUACCACUUGCGCUCAUCAUCAUCAUUACAAUAAUUAUUUGUGUCUGCAAGAGAUCAAAGAGAUACAGAAAAUACAGUUAUGAUACCAGUAGCAGUAACAGUCUACCAUUGGGAAAUAAAGAUCUUCCCUACACAAACUUGGCUGAAACCAGGAGAAGUGUGGACAGCACAGUGUUAAAAUCUUCUAACUUCUGAAUCAGCCAUAUGUUCUAAUUUUCAAUAUGAUUUUAUUUUGUAUUUAUUAAAAUGUGAAUAUUACAGGAAUUGGCACGUGAACAAGAACUAUUGAACUGCACUGGGAUUCUUUUGCCGAUUGUGAAUUUUUGAAUAAUUUUUCAUUACUUAUUUGUAAACCUUAGUGAAAUUGUUGGUACAAGGUGCAAUAAUCUUUUGAUUAAAUAAAUAAAAAAAUUCUAAACAGUAUGUUGUAUUAUUAUUAUUAUUUUUUUUUUUUUUAUGAAAUAUCACAACAAAUGCCCACAUCCAUUUAUUUGGGUCUUUCAAGUGCAUUACCCAGCAGGUAAUCAUACUUCGUCACAAACUUUCAACACAUUUUGUGAUUUAAACACUUUGGAUAAUAUGGGUAAACCUUUAGACAUCAGCAAAUCACUUGACAUUCCAAGAAAAAUAAAACAAUUGCAAUAAAGUGCUUAGAUGGAAAAAAAAAAAAAAAAGUUUAAUACAAAAAUAAUAAAAAUAAAACAUGUAGUCUCAUGUUUUUAGCAUGUUUAUGGAGUAGUACCAACUUCAAGUCUGCUGACUAACAGUUUGAAAUAGCUGAACCAAAAACCUAUUCAUUUGUUGAACAAUCCAAUAAUGAGACAUUCUUCCUACUGAAGCCAUGGCAUUUCACAUUUUCAUGCCUCAUACAACGAAAUAGGCUAGUCAGAUUGAUCAUAUUUGCAGAUUUUGGACUGAAGGAAAAAGCAAGAGAGCUUUUUAGCUUAAAAAUUUUAUGAAAUGCAAAA